AUGGACAUCCGCACCAUCGACAGGGAAGAGAACCGCCGGCGGAUGAAGAAUGGCGAGCUUUACCAUGCCUUCACCCCGGAUCUCAUUGCGGAUCGGAAACGCUGCCAGGCCGCCUGCACCAGGUUCAACAACGCCGGUGACGUGAGCCGCCGCACGCUUGUCGGCAUGUGGAAGGACAUCAACGGGGACACAAUCCCUCUCCCUCCACCCAAGGCCCGCCGUGACGAGGACGACGCCAUCUUGGAAGAUUGGCCGUGGGUUGACGCCCCCAUAAAGAUGGACUACGGUUACAACGUGAAAUUCGGCCAAAACGUCUAUGUCAACUCUAACAGUACAUGGAUCGACACCUGUACCAUCACAGUCGGUUCGCGUACCCUGAUUGGCCCCAACUGCUCUUUCUACAGCGGCACACAUCCGCUCGAUCCCACGCUCCGCAACGGCACCCGCGGGCCGGAGAGCGGGAAGCCCAUCACCAUCGGCGACGAUUGCUGGAUCGGUGGAAACGUCAUCGUGCUGCCGGGCGUGACCAUCGGAAAGGGUGUGACAGUCGGGGCGGGAAGCGUCGUGACCAAGGACGUGCCGGAUUACGUCGUCGUCGUUGGCAACCCGGCGCGUAUCGUUAAGGAGAUUACGCCGUCGAAGCCGACGAACGGCGCGUCUUAA